AUGUUCACAAGCAAAUCAUCAUCAGUGAAAUUUGACGAAUUCCUUGUUGACGAGGAUUUAACAUCUUGUUCUCCUAGUUUAUAUGAUAAUCAUUUUGAGUUGACAAAUGGCAUAAAUAUUCACAAGGGGAACGAGUUCCCCUCACCAACAUCCUCCUCUUCAUUAUCCUCACCAUUACCGCCCUCAUUAACACCAUCUUCAUCAUUUUCAUCAGAAUCUACUGUCGACUCAUAUACCCUGAUGUCUGGUUGCGCUGAUGAAAUAGCCAAGUCGAAAUCACAACGACCUUAUAAUAAUAUGUGUAAUAGUGAUAUAAAACCUAUAAAAUAUAAUUUAUUGAAUAAUGAAAAUUUAGGCAAUGUUUGUAUCAAUGUACAAUUUCAUUUCCCGUACCCGUUGCAUAAUAAUAGUUUAUUAACAGAUUUUUAUGAUGAAUUAAAUUCUGAUAUCAGUACUAGUACGAAUACUUUUACUGUUAGUAAUAUACUUCAUUCAGAUAACUGUUAUACUACUACGUCAACAAUAGGAUUUCCACCUUAUUUAGACAAAUUACACAGUGUGCAUACAACUAGUGAUAUGCUUAUAAAGCCUAAAAGUCCUAGAGUAUUAUUAGACGCAUCAAAUACUGAUAGGCAUGAUAAAAAAAUUCAGCUUACACAGAAAUGUAAUUCAUCUUCUGAUAGUGGGCUAUUGUAUACCUCUCUACCCAUAGAUGUACGUUAUUUAUCGACAAGAUUAGUUAAACAUGAAAUUCAAGUGGAGAAACCCCAGUUUGCACCAAUUUUCAAUACUAAGUAUAUUUAUAGUCCAUCAUUAGAGAAUAUUGAAAAUAAAUUAUGCACUGGUGAUGUGACUAAAUCAUUAGAAACAGAUUAUGAUAUGAGUAAUAUUCAAACUAUGGAUACAAAUAUAAGUACUCUAUCAAAUCUAGGUGAUUUAAAGAAUCAAUCAAGGCAUCGAAGAAUUGAAACAUCAGCACUGGAAUAUGAGGAUACUUCUAUCACAAGUACAAUUAAUGUUGAUGAACAAGUGAGGCUGUUUCCUGAAAAGUUAAUACCCUUAUAUGAAUCGAAUCGACUGAAUCCAAUCGAAUAUAGUCGUAUUUCACGAAUAAGUGAAAAGUAUGAUGACCAAGCGAUGAUUCCAAAUGCUCCGCUUACAUACAAUCAUAAAUAUUAUGAGGAUACAUCGAACAAAAGUGUGAAUGACAGUAUAAGUCAUAUCGAUUAUACAACAUAUGCUGGUGAUAUGUAUAACAGAACAAAUGAAGAAAUUAUCACUUCAUCGUGCUGUCUACAAAGAUCUUCAAACCUCAGUCCAGAACAUUGUUGUUCUCUAAAUAGCAUUAAUGAAAAAACAAAUACAAACAUACCGAAUCCUGUAAAUUACUAUGAAAGUGUCUUAUGCAGACAAUUAUAUUCUACAUCGAUCAAAAACUGUUCAAAACGCUAUGAAAAGGCAUGUACAUCACUUAAGCCAUUGAAACCAUUGAAUUCUUCUAAACUGUAUAACACUAUUCCACAGACACUACUUAUAUCUAAAAUGGAAGAAUUUGUUCAGAGGCUGGCGACAGUAUCAUUAAUACCAAAUCAACUGUGUGAAAGGCAUGAACAACAUUCCAAUCUCUGCGUAGAAAGAGAUAAACAACAUCCUCCCGUAAUAUUAAAGAAUGACACAUUGUUAUUCAUUAAAAAUCAGUUAAAAAUAGGUAAUAUUUCUAGAGAAAAGGAGAUUGUCACCAUUGAUAAACAGUCGACUUUACAGAAACCAUCUUUCACGAGUACCUAUUAUCAAUGUGAUACUUCUACACAAACAGAUAAUGAUGAUAAAGUUAACGAGAAGAAGAAAUUUUAUCAAUAUAGAAAUGUAGAACAUUUUCAAUGUCCAAUAUAUAAUAAAUAUUAUAGUAUAGAAAGCUUGGAUACGAAAAUGAAUCCACCGGAUGCGAAUCAUUUCCAUGCUAUAGUAUCACCAGUUUACUCUGCAUUUCGAAAUAUUAGUAGUAGUAGUACUAGUGCUUGUAGUUGUUCCACUUCAGAAAGGUAUAAAUCAAGUUAUAUGCACAAAUCAACAUGUGAAGAAGCCUUUACAAAAUGUUAUUCAUCCUAUGAGUUGCAUAAACACCCAAUAAAGACAACCAGUUUACCCAAUGCUAAAUGUGUCCUCUGUCAUUUUAUUGAUACAUGCCCUGGGGAUUGUCUUCAUCGUAUCACUACUUGUCUACAUCAUGGUAUGUAUAUUUUCUCGAAUACACCAGCAUGUAGCACUCCACAAACAGAUCAAUCAAGUAAAUCAAAUGUUAACAUUAAAUCGAAUCAAUCAGAUAUAUUCUCCUCUCCUGGAGUAUUACAUUUCAUUGAAUGUCCUAAAUGCAGUGUAAACAAUAUUGGCAACAAUUAUGCAACACAUAGCAGGCAUGUAUGUUAUAGACAACGGAGUCAGUAUUUCAGCACACGAUUUGCAUCUUCAGAAAGAAUUUGUUGUGUAUGUUCAAGAAGAAAUGGAAAUAUUUAA